CGGCCUCAUAACGGGACAAGUUGGCCGCGCUGCAGGAACGUCGGGCUGCCGCUCUCUGGCAUCCGUGUGAAUUAAAAAGCGGGACAACUCGACUCUACACGGAGCGCGGAGGUGUCUAACUGCUGAAAGGAUGCUGAUGAAGAUGAUCAGGGGAGGUCACGGCCGAAGGUGCAGCCCUCGCUAAAACCCUACAAGCCACCCAAGACCCCAUACCCCUGUGCCAACCAUCCACCAACCCCCCACCGGUCACCCCUGGCUAGCUGGCGCCUCUCCUUUUUAUUUUUUCUGUCACACAAUGGCCAACCACCUGGAGCUUCUUCAAGAGCUGCAGCAGCUGGACAAGGUGCCCAGCUUGGAGAGGCUACGGGCGGCCCAGAAGCGCCGCACCCAGCAGCUAAAGAGAUGGGCCGUCUACGAGAAAGAGAUGCAGAACAAGAAGCGCAAGGCAGACAAGAGGGGACGCAGCGCCAACAACCACCAACAGCCAGAGUCCAAGAAGCAUGUGUCGUUCGCCGCCAGCGUGGCACUUCUGGAGGCGACAGCCAGGAAUGACCCAGAUGAAGUACGUUACCUUUUAAAGAACAACGUGAGUCCAGACCUCUGCAACGAAGACGGCCUCACGGCCCUGCAUCAGUGUUGUAUAGACAACUAUGAAGAGAUGGUGAAGAUCCUGCUGGGCCGCGGGGCAUGCGUCAACGCCCAGGACAACGAGCUGUGGACACCGCUGCACGCUGCUGCUACCUGUGGCCAUGCGGGCCUGGUCAAGAUACUCAUCACACAUGGUGCAGAUCUACUGGCAGUCAACUCUGACGGGAACAUGCCCUACGACCUCUGUGAGGAUGACCCAACGCUGGACAUCAUCGAGACAGCCAUGGCAAACAGAGGCAUCACACAGGAAAUGAUUAAUGAAACGCGGGCGUCAACAGAGAGAAGGAUGCUGGGAGAUAUCCAGGAGCUGCUUAGACGAGGAGAAGAAGUCAACCAUCAAGACUCUCUGGGAGCCACACUGCUUCAUAUUGCUGCAGCUAAUGGCUAUGUGCAGGCUGCUGAACUGCUUCUGGAGGGGGGAGCACGAAUGGACCUGAGAGAUUCUGAUGGAUGGCAGGCGCUCCACGCUGCUGCCUGCUGGGGUCAGAUGCAUGUUGCAGAGCUGUUGGUUUCUCAUGGUGCCAGUCUCAAUGCCAAGACUUCCUUAGAAGAGACUCCCAUCGAUCUGUGUGAGGAUGAGGAGUUUCGAGCCAUUUUGCUCGACCUGAAACACAAACACGACAUCAUUAUGAAGUCGCAACUUAAACACAAGACGUCUCUCUGCAGACGAACGUCAAGCGCUGGCAGUCGUGGGAAAGUGGUCCGGCGAGCCAGCCUGUCGGACCGACACAACCUGUGUCGUAAGGAGUAUGAGAAUGAAGCCAUCGUGUGGAGGGGAGGGAAGGAGGAGGUAGAGGAGAAAGAGAAGGAGUCUGAUCAGGAGAUUAGCCAGGUGGUGCAGGUCAAGCCAGUAGUAGCUGUAGCAGUGCCAGACAAACCCAAACUCCCCACUAUCCUCAAGGACAGCAGCAGCAAACAGAACGGCCUCAUCUCCACAACAACCUCCACGCCUCCCCUGCCGCCCUCCAAUGGCAAUGCCUCGUCCUCCGACAAGGGCGUUGUCAUCACCACCCAGCCCACCGGUGAUGAAACCUGGCCCAGAGAGCGCGCUCAGACGCUGUCAGAGCUCAAGAAACAGAGGGCUGCUGCCAAGUUGCUGAAUCAUCCCUUGUUCAACGGUCAUCUGGGCAACGGAUCCACAGAUUCCUCCAUUGAUCUCAAGAGCAGCUCCGAGGACCCCAGCAUGCCCCUGGUCUCAGCCAAUGGCAGCACGGUUUACUACACACCAGCCAGCGGGGACCCUCCUCUACUUAGACUGAAACAGCCUAUAGAGGAGGAGCAACCGAAGGUGCGGACCUGCUGCUGUGUGUCGUAG